AUGCAAGCACCACCGCCGUUCGGCUUGUCGAAACUGAGUAGUCCCUCGUUUCUCGGUUCGAACAUCUUCAACCGCGUCAUGAGCUUCUCACUCUUCGCUGGGCUUUUUCAGGCCGGUAUGAAUGGGGGUAUUGGCGGCCCUCAGGGCCAGUCAGCGUCGGUGAAUUACCUAUGGAGCAGCGUGGCGUUGUUUGUGCUGGGUCUGCUUAUAGAGACAGGGAGGAGAUUUUGCCAGUGGUUGGUGGAGAGGGUUCAAUUUCAAUAUUAUAUCACAGCUCAAUUCACGAUGGGUGAUCCAACAUACGAGUGGUUGAUUCUUUUCCUAACGGAGAAGCAAAUCUGGAAGUCCUCAUACGAAUUCCGUGUCUCUGCUACCACUUCGUUCCGCAAAUGGGGCGUCAAGCCAGACAAUUCUACUGUUUCUGCCUCGGUUUCCGGCAAGAAGCUUGCCUUUCACCUCCCCUUGCUCGCCGACCUAAUUAAAGACACGGCUGAGCUCGCUACGGAAGACGCAGACGGAAAUCCAAGAAACACAGCUGGCGGCGCGCACGCCGAGUAUGUGCCCACCUUCGAUCAAGCGCAGCUGUUCAAAUGGCGUGGCUAUUGGGCGGAAAUUCGAAGGGCGAACCCUAUGAUCAGACCUGGAAUGAUUGGGCAGCCCAGUACGACUAUGAUGUAUUUGACAAUAUAUACCCGGGACAUGAGCGUCUUGUCGUCCUUCGUUGAAGAAGCCCGACUCGGAUACCUCAGAACAACACGACCGCAUGUCACGGUGCAUACUGUCGAUGGCGGACAAAUUCCUCACCCAUCCAUGUCCGUCUGGAAUAAGGCAAAGACGAAAUAUCGCCGCCCAUUGAGCUCGAUCGUCCUCCAGGAAGGUGUCGUUAACUCUCUCGUUGAGGAUGCUCGUGAGUUCCUUGACUCCGAAGACUGGUACCUUAAAGCUGGCAUUCCGCACCGACGUGGAUACUUGCUGUACGGCCCUCCAGGGACAGGAAAGACUUCGACGAUAUACGCAUUGGCAGGCGAAUUGGGGUUGGGAAUAUUUUCUUUGUCAUUGGCUGCGAAAUUUGUAGACGACGCAUUUUUGGCUCGGGCGGUAGCUUCUAUGCCGAAACACAGCAUCUUCCUCAUCGAAGACAUUGACUGCGCCUUCCCUUCUGCCCGCGACGAAGAUGACGAGAACCGUCCUGGCGCUCCAGGGCCGUUUGGGAAUGGCAUGGUGAUGGGCCCCAUGGGACCAGUGAUGAGCGGCGUACGCAGGCCACUGACCAUGGUCACUCUAAGUGGACUUUUGAACGUCCUAGACGGCGUCGGAAGCGAGGAAGGGAAGAUAUUCUUCGCUACGACCAACUACAUUGAACAUUUGGAUCAUGCCCUCAUCAGACCCGGGCGCAUUGACAAGAAGGUUCGAUAUCAGCUCGCAACUCAAGCCCAAGCCGAGGCGCUCUACAAACGUUUCUACCCCGAAGAGCUUCUGUACAAAUACUCCUCAUCUCUUCCUUAUGAAAAGCCAGCCAUCGAUCUCCGAGUUCUCGCCUCCAAAUUCGGGUCUUCCAUCCCCGAACACGAGUUCUCGACCGCCGAACUUCAAGGAUUCCUCCUAACGCAUAAGAAAGAUCCCAUCGGCGCUGCAGACAGCGCAGCGGGGUGGGUCGUGCAAGAGAGGCUCGACAGAGAAGAACGGAAGCGCAAGGCUGCUGAGAAGAGGGCGAAGGCGAAGGCGAAACGGGAGGAGAUGGAGGCUACCAUGCUGAAAGCUCGCUUGGCGCGGUUGGCUUCGCAGGCAGGCCCAGGCGGUGCUGUUAGUGCUGUUAUUCCAGCUGCAUCCGAUACGACAGCAGCUCCUACGGCUCCUGCUGUGGAUGCAACCCCGAAAGUCAAUGGUAGUGCUGCUACUGACGUGCCGCUUGUCAGCGAGGUUCAGGCGCCUACUCCACCCUCGUUGAAUGGUGUCACUGGAUCAGACAAACCCGGAGACAUGCCUAACAACAUUGAAGGUGAAGCAGGUACAGGUGAUUCUGCUAUGAAAGCGCCUUUAGUCAACGGAGUCAACGGAACAGGGAAAGAGUAG